AUUAGUUUUACGAUAAGGAAGCAAAACAAACUUGUCAAAUUAUUGAAGAUCAAUUUGUAAAUAUAAGUUUGGAAGAAAUAUUAUGUAAAAUCCAAGAUAGUUGCAUUGGUGUAUAAUAAAAUAAAGUAUUCUGGCUCGCAGUAAAUUUGAGGGGACUGACGUAAUUGGAAAUUUUGAGACGAAGUAAACAAACAUGGACACUGUAGAAACACCCACAAAUUACUCGGACACAGCGUCCAUGCAAUCGAACUCUGAGUACUCGGAUGCGGAAUGUGAACCACAUUUAGAUGACAGCGACUAUUUCCACGACACAGAGCGCGAAGAAAGCGGGAUAGGCCAUAGCGUUAUUAGUGAGAUUCGUGAAGGAUUGACAGUUAAUGGUGUAAAUGGUAGCAUCAGCAUUAACUCUAGUGCACAUGGCGAUGUUCAAAAGUCGAUAUCAGCUGAAUCUCUACCAAUAAGCAAUAGCACCAGCACAGUAUCCGGUGAAAUGGUAAAUUCAUCUACUACCGUUGAUGAAAGUACUGAAGUUCUGGAUGACUAUAUGCAUGAUAGUAUAUGGCUUGGACAAAAGAAGCACAUAUUUAUACUAAGCGAAGCAGGCAAACCCAUAUAUUCACUCCAUGGCAAUGAAGACAAAUUGGCGACACUAUUCGGAGUCAUACAGGCGCUGGUCAGCUUUGUGCAACAUGGCCAAGACGCUAUUACGUCUAUACAUGCGCGGGGUAUAAAGUUUGUAUUCCUAACGCGUAAUACGCUUACACUCGUGGCUGCAUCGCGCACAAAUAUGAGUGUGCCACAGCUGCAACACCAACUGAGCGACGUCUAUAACCAAAUUCUGUCAACUCUUACUUAUAAGCAUGUCACGCGCAUAUUUGAAACGCGUAAAAAUUUUGACUUGCGUCGUUCGCUCGCCGGAAGUGAGCGGUUGAUCUAUCAUCUUCUUGCAAAUGAUAGCAGUAAUAAGCGCGUUACCAACAAUGUAUUCACUUUCUUAACGAACUCGAUACGCGUAAUGCCAUUAUCUUCCACCGUGCGUUCGAGUAUCGUUAGCGCCAUACAAAGUAAUUGCUCAAAAAUUAAGGAUUUAGUAUUUGCCGUGCUCAUAGCAAAUAAUAAACUAAUAUCGCUAGUGCGAAUGAAAAAAUAUUCUAUACAUCCUGCGGACUUAAGACUUGUCUUCAAUCUUAUCGAGUGUUCAGAGUCAUUCAAGACAUCGGAAAAUUGGACACCUAUUUGCUUGCCGAAAUUCGACAUGAAUGGUUAUUUGUAUGCGCAUGUUUCGUAUCUCACGGACGAUUGCCAGGCGUGCCUUUUGCUACUUUCCGUCGAUCCCAACGUGUUUUUCACACUAUCUGACGCGAAGAGGCGUAUAACAGACAAACUGCGAAGCUCAAAAUGUCUUGAAGCGAUAAGCAAAGAAAUAGAUAAACCUUCUAAUGGUGGUUUAAAUUUGACAACUAUGGGCAUUCCCGAACUUCGACACUUCCUUUAUAAACCAAAAUCUGCCGCACAAUUACUCUGUUCAGAGUUGGUACCACCAUAUUCAACACUUAAAGAAUUCGAACGCUUGGAAGGUAUAUACUGUGAUUUACUGCAUCGCGUACAUAACAGCUCACGGCCACUGAAGCUGAUUUAUGAAGUGCACGACCGUGAAGUGGUGUUGGCUUGGGUGACGGCGGCAUACGAGUUGUAUGCCGUCUUCGAACCGUUGGUAGAUAAAUGUGCGGUCAUAAAAAACGUUGACAAAUUAAUUAAGUGGAUUGAAAAGGAAUACCAUGUAUUUUUCAUACGAAACCAUCCAACUUUCUGAGACUGGUGGAUAUUCCGCGAAAUACCAAGCGCUGAAAUAUAGAGGAUGAUGAUGGGACUAUUAGGAUAAGAAACGACGAAUAAGUGAAUUCACUUGUGUGCAAACUAUUGAAGAAUUCUGUAUAAAAUAUAGCGGUUAAUGCAGCUGUGCACGUUGUGUAAAUUUGUAAGUAUUAUUGGCAAGUAAAAAAGUAAGUUAAAGUAAUUAAAAUGAAAAAAAUAAAAAAAAAACACUGCACGGCUUUAAUGCGAAGUGCAAAUUCUUUAGUGAUAUUUGCAUAUACACCUUUUGCAUUACAUAUAUUUUUAGUUGAUACAUAAAUAGUUAAAUGACGUUGAUUGUUAGGUACGUAAUGAAAAAUAUAAAAGAGUAUAAAUAAAAUGGCCUAGAGCAAGCUUUUAAACAAAACUAGACUAAGAAACAUUUGCGAAUGUUUACAAUAAAGAAAAAAUUAAAAAUUAUUGAUUAAAAUAAAUACAAA